CGCGCCUUUGCGUCGGCGCAGUCCAUCUUGCCUCACGUAUCGCCGCUGUCAUAUUCUGCCAGCUUGCCGUCCGUGUUGUUGUAGUAAAUAAUGGCGGCAUCGGGAGGCGGAUUAUCAUCUCCCGUUGCCGUGGCGGGCUUGAGCAUUCAAGCGCCGGCCCGGGCUCGCUUCCCGGGUCGGCCUUGCACGGCUCGCAGCAGGUUGCGGUCGGAGAAACGUAUCAAACGCGGAAGGUUGGGCUCCGACGACGGGGGAUUGCCUGCCGAAGGGCCGAGGCCCGUAAACAUCGGCCUGGCGUUGAGCGAGGACCCGGCCUUGCUGCGUCUGCUCGGGGUGGCGGAGAAGCACAGGAGGCAGAGAGAUGCGGGCUUCGACUCCAGUAACAGUGAGGAGGAGGAAGUUUUCACUGGAUUUGGGACCUCAACAGUUUCUCUGCAGAAAUCUCCUCAGGCUUUGAUACUCGGCCAAGCAAAGCCUCCCCGAGCUUCAGGUGGUUCUCUGGUAGCAAAUCCUCUCAUUGGAAGUAUACCCGAGAUCCUACAACCAGCUCUUAUUGGGAAAAUCGUACCGCGGAUCUCAAAAGAAGACCAGGGUAUCCAAGAGAACCUAGUAAAAGACAAAAAAAUACCCAAGGUCGUAAUAAAACUGCACGGCAGGCAGGUAGCGCUCACUGCGAAAGCCAAGCUUUCAGGCAAGCUGGCCUCAGGUGAACAGAGUAGCACAAGAUCUGCUGACUUCAUCAGCAAAGCAGGAAAACCAGCACAAACAGCCGCUACUUCAGCUGGUGGCACCAAGCAAGCUACCAAGGUCCGAGAACGGGGCGAGGUGACAGAGGACUCCGACCAGUCGCAGCCAAAGAGAUUUGGGCGAGGAAUGAGAGGGUUUCGAAUCGGGCACACGAGACGCACACCUCAAGCAGUCGGUCUGUCAUUUCCGUCCUUUCACAAACGACAGAGAAAGAGGAUGGCUAAGGGUAUGGGUGCCUCUCCAGAGGCCGGCGCUGAGGCCGCGGCCCAGAGUGGGGAGGAGGCGGCGAUGCCCCUAGAGUGCAAAGCCACGCAUUCCUCUGAAAAAAAGACCCACAGAAGACGCAGAUCUUUGUUUGGGCAAAAGCGAAAGCAAUCCAGAAUCCCUCCAGACCUGAAACGUCCCAAAAUUAGUCGCAAUCGCACUAGGCAUGUUUUUUACUCUUAUGUGCCAGAGCCGAUUCCAGUCACACCGACGGUGGACGAAAAGGAGCAGCAGCAGCAGCAGCACAGGCCAAAUAUUGCUCCUUUGGAGGGUGAGCUAAGCUCUUUUCCUAAACAAGUCCAGACGAACUCCAUCUCAUCCACUCCUGUAAUGAGCGCACGGUCCUCACGCGUUAUUAAAACUCCAAAGAGGUUCUUGGAUGCGGAAAUGAUUUCCUUUCCAAAGGGGCCUCUGUCAACAUGGCUGAAAAGUCAACAAAGAGAGGACGGGAAACCCAAUCUGUCCGGCCACGAGCUGAGCUAUGAGGGCAACUUGCUGCAGGCGGACAGUGAAUUCAUGUCCGCGGCGGACAGCCCGUCUGCACCCACCAAGUUCUCAUCAAAGCCCACGCCGGGCACCAGCCACGUGGAGAUCUACAAGAACCUCAAGAAACUAACCUUGAAACUAGCAGAGAAGAAGAAAAGCCACUCUGACACCGAGGGGGAUCAUGCACAUCACGGCGAGGGUUUGUCCUCUCACGUCAGAAAGAGGCGGCGGUCAAAGAUCACAAUGGAGGAGAUGGACUCUCCCGGCGUUGUGAGAAAACUAGCCGUGUCGCUGGAUGCCGACGUGAAAGCACUUUCACACCUGCCGUUAGGAGAUACAGGCAACAACAAUGAAGCAGGAGGCGUUAUAGCAGAAGUUCCUGAGUCGUUAGAAGUCAGCGGACCCAGCCAUCGAAUUGGUCUCAGUGGAGCUAAUAAGACUAUGCUCCACCUGCUGAAGAAAGCCAAAGUACAACUCUUCAAGAUUGAUCAGCAGAAGCAGCUCAAGUUGUCACAGUUGGGCUCCGGAGAAUCACGACUGCCAGUCAGCGGAAGAAGGAAGAGGAGGAGUAGAGUUUCCCUUUCGCCCAAAGAUAUCGGUCCUCAGGAGCAGCCGCUCGGUGGUCCGAGGAUCAAACAUGUGUGUCGGGCAGCGGCUGUGGCUUUGGGGCAGCCUCGUGCCACGGUGCCAGAUGACAUCCCCAGGCUGAGUGCCCUGCCGCUACACGAGAGAGAAGGCAUCACCUUUUCUCCCGCUGUAGAAGAUGUGGCAGAAGAUGACGAUGACGUAUCUGAUCAGGACAGGACUCAGUGGGUUGUCUCUCAGGAACACAUCCAGCGGAGGAGGAGGAAGAGGCGGAGGGGGAAAGGCCUCCGGUUUCGAAAGCGGAAGCCCCUGAGUAAAUAUGCACCCGGAGGGGUCCGUGCACGGCGCUGUGGAAGCUGCAGAGGCUGUUUGAUAGAGGAGGACUGUGCAAAGUGUAUCAACUGCCGUGAUAAGCCCAAGUUCGGGGGCCCCAACACCAAGCGUCAGUGUUGCAUACAUAGGAAGUGUGAGCGGAUUGAAAAAGCAAAGAUUGAGCGUGUCGUCCAUCCAAUAAAACUCCAGUCGAGGCGUUUUGCUGGUUCGGUGUCGAGCAGUGACGAUGCAAACUGGAAGUUUGGCUGCAGAGGCGAGGGUUCUUCCUCAAUGGUGCUUGGAGUCAGGAAACAGUCCCUGCGGAACAUCACGCCUCGCUCCUACAGCAGCCUGCUCAAGUCUGAAUCUGAGGAAGAAGACGGAGAAGAAGUAAACGAAGAUAAAUUGCCAGUCAAGACAACUGUAGCUGCAGCUUGCAAACAAGUUGGCGGACCGCUGCCAGACGACCCUCCAGCGGAGGCGGUGAAGCCUCGCCGGCUGUUCUCCAGAGGAGGCGGGGGCAGACCCAGAGCUUACAAGGAUCAGGAGAACACGGAGGAGAUGGAGCCCAGAGAAACUUUACCAGAAACCAGCCCAGCCAGAAGCCCAAUGCCGAAGCUGCACCAGCAGCUCCAAAUACACUUGCACCGUCUGCCUGAUUUUAUCCUGCAGUCUGCUCUGUCUUUGCCAAAACAAAGUUCUAAUCAGAGUCUUUCUCUGUCGCAUCCAUUAUUGUCCCAGAUUAUAACGCACCCUGCUAGUUCACAUUCAAAUUCCACACCAGCGGGUCCUCCACAACAGGCCCAGCCUUUAGCGCCUACCCAUUCUCCACUGUCCCCGCAAACUAAGAGAGACUGUACUCAGAAAUCGUUGCUGUUACGUUUGCACCGCUUACCCCGGACCUUGGUGCAGACCGCCUUGCAUCUGCAUAAAUGUAUAUCAUCACCUUCUCAACAACAUUCCCAGUCCAUACUGCACUCCGCUCCGACAGAGGCGUCGUCAAAGUCGUUUUUUCAGGAACGGCCUCGGGCGCAGGACCCAGAUGUUGUGACUGAGACACAUAGAGCUAACAAAGAGAAAACUGUACACAUGCAUCCUCAGACAGUCGAUCCACACACAGAGUUACAGGAGGGCAAGCAAGAAGAGCAGAAGGACGGACGGGUCAAUCAGCCUGAAGAGGACGAGGGCGCUUCUGUAGGAGAGACGGUGCCGGAAAACUGUCUCACGACUGACGAACACUAUGUCCUUCGUUCCCAGAAUCCUGCAGAGUGUGCGUCAGUGAACACCCUGACUGGGUUAACUAACGGGUUUCCCCAAAAGGGCCUCUUGCAGAACAAGUACAAGAUUCGCGUAGACUUCAAGGAGGACUGUGCUGUCCAGAACGUCUGGCUAAUGGGUGGCCUCAGUGUCCUCACGUCUGUCCCUUCUACACCACAACCUGUCUGUCUGCUCUGCGCCAGCAAAGGACGUCAUGAGAUGAUAUUCUGCCAGAUCUGCUGUGAGCCUUUCCACAGUUUCUGCCUCUCACCGGAUGAGCGCCCCCAGAAGGCGAACAAAGAGAACUGGUGCUGCAGACGCUGUAAAUUCUGUCAUGUCUGUGGACGCCGAAGCAAGAGCACAAAGCCAGUGUUACAGUGCCGGAGAUGCCAAACCUCCUACCACCCUUCCUGCUUGGGACCAACUUACCCUAAGCCUAUAAACUGCAACAUGCCCUGGGUGUGCAUGACAUGCAUUCGGUGUAAAAGCUGCGGUGUGACUCCUGGAAAGACUUGGGACUUGGCCUGGAACCACGAGCAGGAUCUUUGUCCCGAGUGCACUUCUCUCCACAAAAAAGGUAAUUUCUGCAAAGUCUGCCACAAAUGCUACAACGACAACAACCAACACACACAGAUGAUUCAGUGUUCAGCGUGCAGCCAUUGGAUUCACUACACCUGUGAAGGACUUUCAGAUGAGCUCUUUGGGCUACUAUCAAGUCAACCGGAGCACUUGCCUUUCACCUGCUCACACUGCAGCGAGAACCAAAUCGAACGCAGCAGCUUGAAGGAGGAGCUGCAGAGUAGGCUGAUAGCCGGACUGGAGGAGGUACUCACCGACCUCCUCUCCGACGACACCACGCAGCACCUCCUUAUGUGUAGAGUGUGUCAGGAACCAAACUACACACAAUCUUUCAGGGAACAGCACCCAGUGUGUGAUCUACAGGCCAUGGAGAAGAAGUUUAAAAGUGGUGGCUACGCUUCAAUAAAAGCUUUCCAUUCGGAUGUUGUCUUUGUGAUGAGGAAGUGGUUGAAGGAGGAGGAGCUUCUCCCUGAGGACCAGAGACCAACCAGUAUGGCCAGGGCCUGUUAUGUCAAACUGAUCGCGCAGGUGUUCAGUGGGUUUCCGCCCAGCUUUCUGAAAAAGUGCAAUACAUUCUCCCUUGAAUUCCCAAGUGGCAUGCUCCCUGAGGCUGUCCUCCCUCCAUCUAAAGAGCACAGCUAUGCGCAGUGGCUGGAAAGGACGUACCAGCCCAAAGUCACGAGGGGCCAACAUGCCGGUAAACCUGACUCUGUGAUGUCAUCGGUCACCACACAGCAGCCUGACGUAGCACGCAACCCCCCUCUGCAUUCACGUGGCGAUAAUAGGGAUCUUAAAACACCCAAGACUGAAGAUAUGAGGCAGUGUGCUCUGUGUCAACAAAAUGGAGACUUUGCUCCAAAGGAUGCAGGGCGGCUGUUGUACUUGGGACAGAAUGAAUGGGCCCACAUUAACUGCUGCCUUUGGUCUGCAGAGGUGUAUGAGGACAAUAGUGCUCUUUUGCAAGUGCACAGCGCCGUCUCAAGAGGGCGACACCUGCGGUGCGAUCGUUGUGGACAAUCCGGGGCGACUGUGGGCUGCUGUCUUUCCACCUGCCAGAGUAAUUUUCACUUCAUGUGCGCUCGUGCCCAGAACUGUGUGUUUCAGCUGGACAGGAAGGUGUACUGCUUCAAUCACAGGGAUCUUGUCAGUGCAAAGAUGGUGACUGGGAGGGGAUUUGAAGUGCCUCGAAGGGUAUAUGUAGACUUUGAUGGGAUCAAUCUGAGAAGAAAGUUCCUGACAGGCCUUGACCCAGAAUCCAUAAACAUGACCAUAGGUUCUCUGCAGAUUCAAAAGCUUGGAGUGUUGUCUGAGCUGUCAUCAAAUGGGAGGAUGCUGUAUCCUGUUGGAUAUCAAUGUUCUAGGUUGUACUGGAGCACUGUGGACCCCCGCAGACGUUGCAAGUACACCUGUAAAGUAACAGAAGUGAGCACACCUCUUCCUGGUGAGGAACAAGAUCCAAUAUGGGACAAAGAAGAGAAUCACACCAUCGUUCACUGCCCGAUCUACCACAGAGAUAUGGAUUCCCCCACUCGCUUAAGUUCUUCAUCCAGCCCUAUAAAGUCCACGACUCCAUCACCUGACUCUAAACACCUCCAUACACCUGGAUCCAAAAGUCCUGGUUACACACAGACCAGGAGACCGGCAGGAGGAUCAUCCCGACCUCUUCCAUCGCCAGGGUCAGCUCUUCCCAAAUCGCAUCACAUCCUGACAUUGAGGGACCUGGAGGACACCCGUCGGCCCCGUCGGCUCUCAUCAAGAAGCCGCUGCAGUUCCUCGCCAACUGACAGCGACCCAUCUGUACCGAUGACCCUCCGCUCUGGUGGCACCGUCCACUCCAAAUGUGCCCUGUUCAGCUCCCCUCCGAGGUCAUCAAUCCCGGGUGCAGCCUCACCACCUCUGACGCGACAAAACUCCGCCUCACCUGUCUGGAGCUCCCCGCCUCGAUCGAACUCCAGCAUUACUGCAGGGUUGUCACCUCGAAGAGGAACAAUCACUCACUCCCCCAGAGGGAGGCAAAACUUCAAAAUCACCACUCCAGUUUCAGCGGAGGUUCCCCAAGACUUCCUCGCAUCAUCUGAGGCAGAGGAUGCAGCGGUGGCCACAACCAAUGGGAUCUCACUGGCCCCAGAUAACCUGGAAGAGGAGGUAGCUCAUCUGAUUGCCCAGGAGCUGCCCUACACUGUGUUUGAUACUGACACAGAGGUAGCAGUGGCCUCCAUGCUGAAUGCUAAGCUUGAGUUUGAUGAGGCUCUGCUCACGGAGAACGUGACACUUCACUGCGCAGCACAAGGUGUGAGAGGAGAUGUGGCGGGCUCAGUGCAAGAUAUGGAAAUGCGUAUAGAUAAUCCGGAGAAUUCCGAAGAGGAGGACUCGAGCCAUUACUUGAAAUUUUCACGCACAGUGGUGCGCGACGCAGCUGGCAGCUCAGAAACCUUGGAACCGCUAACUUCAACACAGUCCAUCUCACAGUUGGAUGGAGCGGAUGGCGGGUCGGAAAGCGAUGAAAGCGAGGUGGUGGACGACAAAGCACAGGACACCAAAGAACAUGGCGAAAAUAAGAUUGAAGUCAACCCCGAUACAUCUAUUAAACCGGUAACUGUCGCUCUACAGAGGUUGGAGCCAAUGUACACUAUGUCAAAGUCAGCUGAGCCAGAGUUUCAGGAAUUUUACCCACCAUCUAAAGUUUUUGAAGCAGACUUGCACAAUGAAAUGUCAUUUCAGGAUGAAGUGGUACCGAUGUGCUCUGAAACACCAACACUUCAAAAUGCUGUAUUUUUGGACUCCACCACAGGUCAUUUUGUUUCUUCUGAUGAGGGCAUCGCAGUGUGCACAAAUAUUAUCAAAGUUGGCCUCAACGAUGACACAAGCUCAUCGACCGACUCCGUUGAAGCAUUUAAAGAUGAUUUGAACGACCCUGACUACUCUCCAGAGAGUACUCCGCUUCCAGAGCCUAAAACCAAAAAAUUGCCGCCACCUCGGAUGAAAGCCAUCGUUGUGAAUACAAAACGUCCGGUUUCAAAUCUCAAACGCUUGUCGCCAAAGCCGUGUCUGCCACAGCAGCGCAAACUCAUGUUGCCCCCUCGACCUGUUCAGACUGUACACAAUGCAUCGGCUGCCACAGUUUGUGCAGCUCCACGCACCGUGACCUCCCCCAUUGUGAUCAACGGCCUGAAUCUCCCUAACCAGCCUGGUGCCUUGCAGGGAAGAACCAUCGCCAUCCGACUGGACAACUCGAGGAUGGGAGGUCAGCAGCAAGUCGUGAUUCAGAAUCAAGCUGCGGCCGCUAGCGCGCCCCUGGCUCCUGGGCCUCAGGUCCUUCUAGUCAACAGACAGGGUCAGAUUCUUAUCAAGGACCCAAGGUCAAACACUUAUCAGUCCCUCAGUGCAAACUCGCUCGCCUACAACAAAAUAAGCCAGAUUGCCAAGAUUCUCCACAGUGGCAAUGCCCUGCAGCGCUCCGUCCCUCGUGUUAUAAUAAAGCCUCACGCAAGCCUCUCGGCCACAAACGUCCCGUCUGCAGGUAACACGUCGACAUCCGACGGGAAAGUCUUUUUUAGAGUUGUGCCUGUGGAAAGCGCGACGGCCCCGGCUCCCACAGCUCCUGUCAGCGUGCAGUGUGUUCCUGAAGCAACUUUCUCCAGCAUUAAAGAAAGCACGGCCCAGGCUAUUAUUGACAGAGCCAUGGCUACUCACCGUGAAGAGCCAAAGACCAGUCCCAUCAUCCUCAGUAAAACCAUACGAACAAAGGCUGGAAUCAGAAGGCCAUCCCAGUUUAAGGAAUCUGAUGUAUCCAAACAGUUGCCAGCUGAACCCUUAGAGUCCCCUAGUGGUGUCCUCAAUGAACCCAAAUCCCGCCCGCAACCAGCACCCACUUCGUCACGCCAACAGCUGAGAAUCAAGAGAGUGUCAUCGGUGUCUGAGCGGCCCUCCAAGAAGAAAUCCAAGAUGGACUUCUUGAGGGAUCCAUCAAGUGAGCUGGAUGAACUUGAAGUCAGGCCGAGUGGUGUGAGAAUGAAAGCUCCAACGAUGUCUGAUAUCCUCGAUGUGGAGAAGGAGAAAAUGUUGCGUGAGCCUGAGCAGUUGAGAAUUACUGCUCCACCACUACCACUGACUACACUGCCCAGGCAUCUUACUGUUGAUAGCCCGCGCCCACAAAUAAACAGUCCGAUUCAAGGUAAAACACACAUGUGGGUCAGUGCUCGCCAUGGAGACCUCUCCGAAUGGGGACCGUAUUCAGGUUUUAGCUCCGAUGAAGAUACACGUGCACCCAAACACAGAAAGAGGACAUACAUGAACCAGCCCCACCUGCGUUUUGAAAUCACCAGUGAUGAUGGCUUCUGCGUUAAAGCCAACAGCAUUGAGGUCGCCUGGCGCGCAGUGAUCGACGGCGUCCUCGAGGCUCGAGCCGGAUUCCACCUGAAGCAGCUGCCUCUGGGCGGGAUGAGUGGGCCGCGGGUGCUCGGCGUCGUCCACGAUGCCGUCAUCUUCCUGCUGGAGCAACUGCAGGGUGCAGCGCACUGCAAGCGGCACCGCUUCCGCUUCCACCGCUGUGACGACAUCAAGGAAGAGCUUCCCCUCAAUCCGAGUGGCUGUGCUCGGACUGAAGUCUAUGCACGGAAAGCAACGUUUGAUAUGUUCAACUUCCUGGCAUCACAGCACAGAGUGCUCCCCGAUAUAGUGGGCCCAUUCGAUGAGGAGGAGGAUGAAUUCCCACUUAAAUCUUCCAGGCGAGCUACCAGCAGUGAGCUUCCCAUGGCAAUGAGAUUUAGACACCUGGAAAAAAUCUCCAAAGAAGCAGUAGGAGUUUAUAGAUCUGAAAUUCAUGGUCGUGGCCUUUUCUGCAAAAGGAACAUUGAGGCAGGCGAGAUGGUGAUUGAGUACGCCGGCAACGUCAUUCGCUCUGUUCUGACUGAUAAGCGGGAAAAAUAUUAUGACAGCAAGGGCAUCGGAUGUUACAUGUUCCGCAUCGACGACUUUGACGUGGUGGACGCAACGAUGCAAGGCAACGCGGCUCGUUUCAUCAACCACUCGUGCGAGCCCAACUGCUACUCCCGCGUCAUCAACGUGGACGGACGCAAGCACAUCGUCAUCUUCGCCCUGAGGAAGAUCUACCGGGGCGAAGAGCUGACCUAUGACUACAAAUUCCCCAUCGAGGACGAGAACAGCAAGCUCCACUGCAACUGCUCGACGAGGCGCUGCCGCCGCUUCCUCAACUAGUACCACACUCGCACGCAGACCAGCAGCCAUUGUGGUUAAUGCACUUGAAUCAACUUUUGAUGAGAUUAUCAAGGCGACUUUUAUCACAUGGCCAUAUGGGUGGCCUGCAUCUACUGAAAUCUUUGCCAUGUUGGAAGCUUGAUUAAAGAGUGAUGGAGGACGGCGUGCGUUCGCUCAUUUUUGUCCUCCGACCAGCUGUGACACGCGACACAAACCACUCGAGCCAUAUGUCGAAUCUUGCGAUGAAUACUAUUUAUGUGAUUUCAGUCCGCGGGAUGGUUGAGCUGUUGAAGUAAGAGGUGCAAUUAUGAAAACUGCACUCUCUUGGGAUUUUUGUACUGUUUUGCCAUCUUGUACAACACAUUAGUUUUUACAUUGUGGAAUUUAUCAGCAGCUCCUGCUGGAACCAAACCAGCAAGGAGGCAGUUAUCGCCAGCUAUAAACGGUGCAAUAUGAAACAAUCUGAUUGCAGCGAUUACUCCAUAAAUGGGCAUCUAAUGUAAUUCUGACAAGUGUUUUUGUAUAUUUAAAUAUAUAUAUAUAUAUAUAUGGUCAAAGAGCAGCAUCAGGGGAAUUUAUUCAGCCCCGUGCUUUGACACAACCUUCUCUGGCUGCAUUGGUGUUGCAGCAGGCAGCACAUAUUUCAGGCACCUUGGGUACGUUGUCGUUUUGCUACGUUUUAACCAGUCUUGAUACCAUGGAUCUCUUUGAGGGGACUCCAAUGUUUUAGAUGCGGGGAACAAUCCUUGCCCCUCCCCCCCCUUUCCCGUCCCUCAUUCAGUUAUUUGAAAAGUUUUUACUUGCGACAACAGAGAGAUGUCAUCUAGAUGCUUUUAUCCUGCCACUAGUCUGUUCUCCACCUGUUCCUUGUACUAUUUGUGAAUUUUAUGGUCUCUGAGGGAGUUUCCACUGUGCAGAGUUUAAACUCAAGAGAUAUCUUGCUCUGCACAGCGCCUCAUAAAUCGUUGUAUAUUUGAAUAAUAAAUGUAUAUCCAACAAGCUGAUGGAAAUAAAUGUGUGUUUGAGCUUUUAACUUUUUGCUUAAGUAAAGGCUAACUCCUGGAAACUAUUGCUGAGUAUUGAGUUAAUCUAACUUCAUUUUUUUCCUUUUAAUUUUUGUUGAAGCUGCUUUACACCCUCUUCCUCCUGUUUGUCUCUCACAGGUGUGCUACCUCAGAGGAAUUUGUUAUAUAGCAAGAAUAUUGGUGGUGAAAAACAUCUCAUUUUCUCCCGGUUCAAUCUUUUUGACCAACUCUUGUUAAGAUGUAUGAGCAAAAUGAAUUUAACAAGGACUUGCUAUUAUGCCUGUGAUUAUUCUGAAGGAAUGGGCGGACACUAUUUCCUGAGCCAGUUUCCCCUGUGUGCAGUCGCACUGAGCUGAUAGAUGUAGGUUGGACACAAGUGUAGGUUUAAAACUGGAUGCUGUGGAGGUUUUUUUUUUUUCCCGGGUUAAUGAUUGACACGCAAAGCUUUGUUACUAUUUGGCUCACUAUGAAUCUUUGCCUGUACAUAGUUGUAUAAAGAAUUUCUAAAACUGUUAAAUAUUUUUUUUUUUUACCUACAUUCCUUUUUUUAUUUAUGUUCAAUAAAAAUCUUAAAUGUUUCAAAUGUGCAUAAUUUCUUCCAAUGUUAAGUAAACCAUAUUAAAAGAUCACAUUUGGGUGUGUAUACAAAUUGUCUUUCACUGCCACAAUGACCGUGUGAUGUCUGUUCAGGAAACGUGAAAAACAAAAUGGUUUUUGUGGUCCUGUUUUUAAACUGCUGAGGUUUUACCAAAUCCUUAUCAGACUUCUCAUAAUUCAAGGACUCGUUGCCUUCAGUCAUAUGGCGCUUUCCCAGAACAUCGUU